UCCCUGCCCGUGCUGCAGCCGCUCCGGGUGCUGGACAGUAAGCGCUUCUGGUAUAUCGAAGGAGUGCUGUUUAAAUGGCUUUUAGCUAUGGUGGCUUCCUGGGGCUGGUGGGCAGGAUAUACAGUAGUGGAAUGGGGUGACGAUGUUAAAGCAGUAUCAGAAGAUGAAGCCGUGGUGCUGGUGAACCAUCAAGCAACAGGGGAUGUCUGCACUCUCAUGAUGUGCCUUCAGGAUAAAGGCACGGUUGCCCGUCAGAUGAUGUGGGUGAUGGAUCAUAUUUUCAAGUAUACAAACUUUGGCAUUGUCUCUUUAAUCCAUGGAGACUUCUUUAUAAGACAGGACUGUACCAAGAUGGGAGAGUAUUAUGAGAGCUGUACAAAUGAAGUACAUGGUCAGUACUUUUUGUCUCCACUUUUGACUGCACGUUGUGGACCCCCUUUCUCCUUUCCUUGGGGACUUCAAAGCUGUGCAGGAAGAGCACACCGUGACCAGCAGCUUGUGUUACUCAAGGAGCAUCUAGAAAAAUAUUACAGGAGCCGUAAUCGGAAAUGGAUUGUUUUAUUUCCAGAGGGUGGCUUCCUUAGGAAAAGGAGGGAAACAAGCCAGGCAUUUGCCAAGAAAAACAAUUUGCCAUUUCUUAAACAUGUCACCCUGCCGAGACUUGGGGCAACACAAGUAAUUCUGAAAAUGCUUGUAGCUCAGCAAGAAAAUGGAACUCUAGCAGGUGGAGACGCUGUGAUAAAAGAGAGCAAAUCGAAAGGCCUCCAGUGGGUGAUAGAUACAACCAUUGCGUAUCCCAAAGGUGAACCUAUAGACAUUCAAACCUGGAUUCUUGGCUACCGACAACCAACAAUUACACAUGUACAUUACAGGAUUUUUCCAAUUAAAGAUGUACCUGCAGAGCCUGAAGCUCUUACGCACUGGCUGUAUCAACGGUUCAUUGAAAAGGAGGAUCUCUUGACGCAUUUCUAUGAAACAGGAGCAUUUCCUCCGCUACAGGGCCAAACAAAAGCCGUCUCUCGGGAGAUGACCCUCAGUAAUUUGUGGCUAGUUGGCAUACAAUCACUUGCAUUUUUGUCAGGCGGUAUGUGGUACUGCAUCUUUCAGUAUUUUUAUCAUUGCCUAUUUUAAAAGUUGAAUGGGACCUGAGGACACGAUGGGAAACCAGGCUCUUGCCAAUGAGUAUCAUGUUGUAUGUGCAAAUGUGAAUAUACAAGAGUAAAGGAAAAUACUGGACGGACCCUUACCUCUCUCUGGGGAAAUUUUAAACUCCACUAAAAGUGAAGAUCAGUAACAUAGUGACCUGAUGAUGUAUUAUUUUAAGAAUUGUCUGUAUUUUUAAAAGGUGUAUACUCUCACCCACACUUAAGCAAAUUCAGCAUUUGGACAAAAGGUGCAAUCGUACAACCGUCAUAGAAGAACGUCUGCGACAAGAAAACUAUCACCGCAAGUAUUUCUUGGCAUUGUAGUUAGAGCUCAGAAAAUUCAGCAACGUGUCUCUUCAGUAGUCUGUACAACACUUGUGUGGUAGAGAUUCCUCAUUUGCACAAACUCGUACUUUAUUACAACUCAUUGUGAUGGAGUCAGUAAAGAUACUCUGCAGAGCUGAUGGUGGUAUCGUUGCUACUACCCAGUCAGCAGUUGUUGUAUUAGACACACCAGUCUCAAAACAGGACCCAAAUAAGAUCCAGCGUCAGAUGGUUUUUGUGGGGAAUCAAUGCUCAAAAAAGCAAUGCAGUAUCAUAUUGUGAUUAAAAGUUAUCCACGUUUGAUGAAUCAGCCCAUCCUUGUUUUGGUUUUACCAUCAGCUGUCUGAAUUCUGUGUGCUAACAGUAUCUCAUGUUAUGAGGGAACUUGGAAAAAUCUAAAGUCGCUUGAUUUAUUUUCCCUUUUUGUGUUCAGAACACGUCUCGCUGAUCGUUAUCAUUUUGCAAAAUGCACUUUUAAAGGUGGAAAUACAGUGAAGGAAAGAUGUACAGCUGAGGAUGUAGGGGAAAGCUUUUAUCUGUCACAAAUUGGAAGCCAGGACGAUUCUAGCGAUUAGUGGUCUUCUGGUGCUGCUGGUGAUUUUUAGCCACCUCUGUAUUUUGUAUGCUGCAGUCUAACCAAGGUGACCUUUGAAUGGUUUAUGGAGGCCUUUUUCUCCCCUGCUAGUUGCAACAGCGCUAAAUAUGCUCGUGGGAGUUUAAAUAAUUCAAUGCCAACAAUCUUAGUGUUUUGCUUAGGAAAAAAAAAAAAGAAAAACUAUUUUCUUAAGAAAAAAUAGGUACAAUUGCUAGCCUAAAUCUAUAGGAAGAUAUUCAAACUACUGCAAAAAAAGUACGGUAAAUAAUACUGCCCUCCAUGUAGUUAUUCAGAGUAGGUCUGCCACUGGGCUAAAAUCAUAAUGGAAGGAGGAGUUGAAUUUGAAGGCAAAUUGGAACAUGUGACAUUUUCAGAUGUAACAUGUGAUGUUUUUGAAAGGAUGUCAAUGAUGUAUAUUCUCACUUCUGGCAGGUCUAGUUGGCAUCAUGCUUAUGUGAUUACACAAAAGAUUUGAGAGAGCUGUUCCUAAAAUAAAAUUAAUCUCUCUAAAUACAAGCAGGAUAGCCAGAACUUAACUGUGGCGUACUGCCUUUUAUAUACUAAUUUUACUGAGAACGAAACCAGCCCUCAGUAGUUUUGGCUCUGCUUUAGCAAUAUUGAUUCUUCUUUCUCUUGUGCUACAUGAAUCGCAACGGGUGGUACACAGAAUGCAAAACAUAGCCCGUGUUCCCCUUGGAGGAGGGAAGAGCAAGGAGCAUACCAAAAGUUGAGGCAAUGCAGAUUUCCCUGGUUUAGUGCAAAAAUAUAUAUAGUUACCCAUGCCUCCACCACCCCCCCAAAAGCCGUUGUUUUAUUCUGUGGUAGCUCAAUGGGGAUGGCUGCAAAAUGAUGCCUCAUGGCAAGUUCCCCUGAAAUACCUCACUGACCUACAAUACCACUGCAGCUGGAAGGCAAAGGACAGCGUUUGCCUCCCGCUUAACGUUUUAUGUAAGAUGCUGUUUCUGAAUCCCGCCUCUUUACACCCAGGCACGACGCACCUGAAUUCUAGUGCAAAAGAAAAUCCGUUUUAAAAGAGGCGUGUACUGAAAAGGGAGGCAGUCAGGGGUGCAUAAUGUUUUCCUCAUGCUGAUGUUAAAUAACAGCUGAACGAAAGAAGGCGCUUAAUUUGCCACUUCACAGGAAGAUGUGGGGGCGGCCCGGGGCUGUUGCCGCCUGCGUGCUUCUGUCGUUCGAACCGCCUCAGGGCCAGGGCGCCGACGGGCUCUCAGAGCUGCAGAGUGCAGGUGGCGGACCGCUCUGCCUGUCCUCCGCCAGGUGGUUUGCUCAGGAGCCCAGAUUACUGCUGCUUUUAUUUUGAACUUGGACAGACUAGAGUGGUAGGAAAGGGAAGUUUGUGUAAGCAGAUUGCACAGCGGUAAUUCACAUCAGGAGGUUGUUCCUUAUAAACCCAGCAAACUCCGUGUAAGAGCAUACUGUGUUUUUUCAAAUGCAGUAUAUGUUUUUUUUUCCAGUGGACUGUGGUCGUAGCGAGCGUUCACAUGCUGCCUAAGGAAAUAUUAGUGACGCGCAAUAACGUUUCAGGCGAUCGUUGGAUUUAUCUGGUCCUGUUAACUUUCAGUUUGUUCCUUGGUUGUUCUUAACUAUUGCAAGACACUUGUUUUCAAGCACUGAUUGUAGUUUUGAUAGGGAGAGUAAAUAGUACUUAGAUCGUUUCUUUCCCGCCUGCACUGGAAAACGUGAAGAAAGCCUGAUGCUAUGUGUCUUUAUGGCUGAAUUGCUGUCGAUGACGCUGGACUGGAAACUGUUGUUAGGAACUCGGAAGUACCCAGGGCAGCACUCCCAGCAGGAACUUGGAUACAGCUUCGUGGAAGAGAAUUAAUUGGAUAAAAGUUUUGGGUCUGUGUUUUUUUUGUUUUUUUUUUUUUUUUGUUAGGGGGAAGAACAUAAAGCGUAUGUAGGAAAUUCUGUACUGAAAAUACCAUGCUGGUCAAGGCUGGAGCUUAGCAAGCUGGUUUGUAAAACAUGAAUUCCUGUCAGUUACAGUUCGGUUAUGGUUGCUGGCCGUUGCCUGGUGUCAUAGCCGCAGUGAGCGUUUUGCCACCAGCCGUCGAUUGGGUUUUCUGUUCUGAACUGUUCCAACUGCAUUUGCUAGAAAAUGAUGCUAAUGAACCAUACGGCUGAUCACAAAAUGGUUGCGUGAUUAAUAUACCUGUGAAUUUAGGAGCAAUACAGUGGAGGAACGUAUAAAGAGUUACAGGAUGAAGAAGGUUACAGGAAAAGUUAACUGAAAGCUGUGGCACACAAGUGAGAACGUAGCAGUUUAAGCGCAUUGUGAAUAAGGACGGUUCUCUGCCAAAGUUACACACAAAACAGCUGUAAGUUUGUGUUUAAUUGUUCGUAAAAGAGUUGUUACAGUUGAAAUAAUGUAAGUCAUAACAGUUUAGCCCUGCUGCCCUUUGAUUCCCAUUUUGUGAGGCACGUUUGCCCGUUUGCCAUGGCCAGUGCCGUUUUUAGUUCCCUUUUUGUGUGCGUUCCCUCCUUACAGAUUCUCUUGUAUUUUAUGCAUGCUUCUAUCAAGUAUUUCAACAAUGGUGUGUCUUACAGGAGGGGUUUUUUAAAGUCUCCAGAUCUUGAGAAGCAAGAUUUCCAUGUACCUUGCUCAGUGGAAAACUUAAAGGCUCCCUUCUCCCUCCUCCGCCCCCAACAACAACAAUAAGAUACAUCUUGUUGUAUUAAAAAUAAAAUGACCACUGUGGUACUGUUGAUUGUACACUUGUUCUGCAAACGAUGUAAUUGUUUUUCUUCUGUUUGACAUUGCCAUAAAGUGCUGUUAACUUUUUCACCUGUUUGAUAAUACUAAUACAGAUACCGAUCACUGUGUGUGACAGGAUUCAACUGCUCCACUUUGCCUUGACAUAAAAUUUUGGGACCAAAGGUACUUAAAAGUGGAAUUUCCAAAUCACGAUACUGGGGUUCAGUGCGUUCUUUGAUAGUUGGCUGGAGAUUUUGUGCUGAUCUGAUACAAUCACACAAAAUAAUUAUACAUCUGGGGUACUGUAUUGUUUGGAAAUAAUGGAGCCAUAUGAAAUAAAAGGUUAUUUUGCAAAAUUG